AUGCCCAAAGUCAGCGACAUUCUCUACUAUCUGAUCCAUGUUCAGGAGCUGCGCUCCAUAAUCCAAUGGAAGGUCUGGCACAACCCUGUGCACGAAAGAGACGAGUCUAAAGAGUCCGAGGCGACCAAAAUUUGUUUUCAAUAUUUGGACAAGACCAGUCGCAGUUUCAGCGUCGUCAUUCAAGAAUUACAUCCUGAGCUUCUGAUGCCCGUCUGUCUUUUCUACCUGGUUCUCCGAGGCUUAGAUACUGUCGAAGAUGAUACGUCCAUCCCGGCUAAGACGAAGGAGCCAGUCCUACGAAAGUUCAACGAAAAUCUCGAGGUCGAUGGCUGGCAUUUCGACCAAAACCGACCAGAAGAGAAGGAUCGCGACUUGCUAGUCAACUUUAGAUACGUUAUUGAAGAGUUCCAAAAGGUGAAGCCUGCGUACAAAGCUAUCAUCAAGGACAUCACCCGAAAGAUGGGCAAUGGCAUGGCAGAUUUCUGUUUGAAUGCCGAGUUCAAUGAACUGGGAGUCAACACGGUGGAGGACUAUAACCUCUACUGCUUCUAUGUCGCAGGAUUGGUGGGUGAGGGACUGACCAGGAUGUUUGUGGAAAGCAAGUUCGGCAAUCCAGCUCUCUUGGACAGACCUCAUCUCCACGAGUCCAUGGGGUUGUUCUUGCAGAAGACGAACAUCAUUCGAGAUGUGCGAGAAGACUUUGACGACAACCGCAAGUUCUGGCCAAAGGAGAUCUGGUCAAGACACGUUGACCGAUUCGAAGAUCUUUUCAAGCCAGAAAACAAGGAGAGGGCCCUGAAUUGUCAGACGGACAUGGUUCUCAACGCACUUGAACACGCCGACGAAUGUCUCUUCUACCUGGCGGGCCUGAGAGAACAGAGUGUGUUCAAUUUCUGUGCCAUCCCACAAUCCAUGGCCAUCGCCACUUUGGACCUCUGUUUCCGGAACUACGCCAUGUUUGAACGAAACAUCAAGAUCUCCAAGGGCCAAGCAUGUCAACUCAUGAUGGAAUCGACCCAGAAUCUGCAACUGGUGUGUGAAGUGUUCCGGCGACACGUGCAUUCAAUUCGCAAGAAGAAUCGCCCACAAGAUCCCAAUUUCCUGAAGAUCAGCCUUGCAUGCGGUAAAGUGGAACGGUUCAUUGAAUCUCUCUUCCCGUCGCAAAAUGUGGAGGAAAAACUUGCCAAAGCCAGGGCUGAGGAAGCUCGCGCAAAGGCUGCGACAGAGUCUGCCGACAAGAAGGAUACGCUCAUAUUGUUUGGUGCUGUGUUUUCGAUGUUGCUUGUCAUCACAGCUUCUAUGGUAUUCGUUGCCUGGCUCAUGGGUGCACGAUUUGACAUGGCAUUCGAAGAACUCAAGAAGUCCUGGGGCCAGAUCUCCGGUGGAGGCAUCCUCCGGGGCCUGGGUCAGAAUCGGGCCAUCAAUGCUACCGAUACCGAUUCCGGUCAUACUGAACUCUGA